AUGGUCCGCACCAAGCAGACUGCGCGGAAGUAUCGAGCGCCACGCAAGCUGCUGGCUAUCAAGGUGGCUAAUAAGAGCACAGCGGCUACUGGCGGAGUGAAGAAACUGCGCCGCUACCGCCCGGGUACUGUGGCCCUGCGAGAGAUCCGGCGCUACCAGAAGUCCACAGAACUGCUCCUGCUCAAGUUGCCAUUCCAGAGGUUGGUGUGCGAGAUCGCACAGAAGGUCAAGGCAGACCUGCGUUUCCAGACUUCGGCCGUGAUGGCGCUGCAGGAGGCGUGUGAGGCCUAUUUGGUGGGCCUCUUCGAGGACACCAACCUGUGCACAAUUCAUGCCAACCGUAUCACCAUCAUACCAAAGGAUAUGUACUUGGCACACCGCAUUCACGGGGAGCGUAUCUAG